GAGCAGACGCUGGGUCAGAGCGCUCAGUUGCUUCAGACAAUCACAGGGGAGCGAAAGAGAGACACAGGAAAAGACAUAGAAAGAGAGAGAACACCACAUAGAAAGAUAGAUUGAAAGGGGGAGAAAAGGGAGGGAGAGAUAGGGGAGGGAAGUAAAUAUGUGACAGGAUGUGGUUUCCCUGAGCUUGCAGAACAUCAGUAUACAGGCAUACUUUGAGCAUGACCUAAACACACCAAGUGUACAAGUGUGUUUGAGCUCUAUUAGGUGGCGAGGGGGAAGACGAAGUAAACCGCUGGAGCUGCUGCUGCCGCUGAGCCUGUAGAGCCGACAGACACUCUGGUUUGUCUGCAGCCUGCGGGAGGAUUGUGUUUCCUUUAAGCCAGCCAGCUCCACAGCAACCUCAGUCGGCUUGUCGGACAGGAUCUGAGCUCGUCCUCCAUCCUCUCUUUGUGCUGGUCUCCUUCCAAGUAGAAUGCGAUUCUCUGCUGGAAGCUCUGGUCCAGUUGCUGCCUUUGCGUCCAAGCAGUGAACUUCUCAACUAGAUUGUGAAACAGGAUCCGUGCACAGAGUGACUGACAAACUGUGGAGCCAUGGGCUGCGGGCUGCGUAAGAUGAAACCGACGUCGGAGGAGAGCAGUCCGGGGAAGAUUUACUCCACCCUGAAGAGACCACAGGUGGAGACCAAGGUGGGCGUGGCCUACACCUACCGCUACCUCGACUUUCUGAUCGGCAAAGAUGGUGGGACGUCCACGCUGCGUCUCUCGUCGGUGCGGGAGCUGCCGGGUCAGCUGCAGGAACUUUACCAGCAGGGCUUCGUUCUGGCCGCCGUUCACCCGUUCAUCCACCCCUGUGGUCCAGAGUCCAACAGCCCACAGCACCAGCUCUACCGGGCCAUACUGGUCCAACUCAACGACGGGGUGGAAAGGAGCCAGCCAGUCUGCCCACCGUACAAACUACAGCUGGACGAGUGUCUGUCUGCUGAGCAGGUGCCCACCCCGGAGCUCAUCCAGGGCUACGUCAAGAAGCAGAUCCAGGAUGCUGCUGACCAAGGGGUGAAGUUUGUGGGAUUUGUCCAGGAACCCUAUGGGGCCCCAUGCACCAUGAUCAGAGAACCAGACACCCCCUCCCUUUCCCUGCACUCAAGCCCUAGCUCAUUGCUCGGCUCCUUGGGCAGCUGCAGCCCCUCGAACCCCUCGAGCCCCAAAAACCACUCCGAACCUGGAGCUGAAGCUGGCAAAGUGGGCAAAGAGGGGAGAGAGGAAGCCUCACUUGAGGCCGGGGAAGGAGCACCGAGUGGGGAGAAGAAUCAAAGUGAGAACACUGGGAACCAUUCAGGGAGCGGGGUGGAGGGCAGUCAGGAUGAGGUCUCGCCCGCGACGUCUCCUAUAUCGGAGCUAGAUCUGGAGCACAGUGAGGAGCUGACAGAGAACUCACCGUGUCACAAUAACAACAAAGACAUUGGCACAGAGACUAAGGACAGGCCGAGAUACCGGCUGCGGAGAGGCGAUGGGGUGGAACUGCUCGCUUUGUACAACCAUCCGCCCGUUCGAGAGGGCCAUGUGAAGUACUACACUGUCAAGGUGCCGCUUCAGGUUCAAAACUGUGACGAGGGUGUCAAAGGCGUGGAGGCCAACUGGUUGGAUCACAUGACCCAGCACUUCAACAACGGAGCCUCACUGGUCGAUGGAUACUUCCACCUGGGCAACGUGAACGAUUUGCUGCCUAAGUCGGUGGAUAGUGUCUUCAUCUUCCAGGAGGCCAGCGAGGGCGAGCCCAACGUGGCCACUCCGACUUUCGACGCCAUCGUAGUGGAGCAGUGGACCAUCAUCGAUGGUCUGCAGGUGAAGGCUGAUUAUGUUCCUCUGCUCCAGUCCCUCGCCACGUAUGGAUGGAGACUCACCUGUGUGCUGCCAACUCCUUUAAUCAAGACUAACGGUGAUGGAAGUCUGUCCACCAAACAGAUUGUUUUCCUGCAAAGACCCGUGUUGGGCCGAAAGAGGAGGGAAUCCAAGAAACUGAUCUUCAAGCCCCGAAGCAAAUCCAACAAGAAUUGCAUCAAGGACACAGCAAAGAACAAGAAGAAGAAAAAAUCAAAAAACGAAAAGGAUGCAGAAGAUCCAAAAAUCCUUGAUGACAGAGAAAACGUUGAGAAAGAGGAAGACAAGAGUAGGGAUGAAAGAGUGAACGCAACAAACGCAGAGGCCGUGAGAGAAAAUGACACGCUGAAAGAAAGAGAAUUGAGGUCUGAGGAAGAUAGAAAGAUUGAUGAUGGGAUUGAAAUCAGCAUAGAGACUGUCGAAAAGAAAGAUGGAGGAGCAGAGACAAAAGACAAAGAAGUAGAAAAUGGCACAGAGGAAGAAGAGGAAGAAAAAAUAACUUUGGAUGGAGAGGGAUCAAAAGAGAAUGGAGAGCCUUCAGAAAACAGAGAAGUCCAGGAAGCGGCAGAAACCGUUGCGACUGUUGAAACAGAGAACAAGGCCAAAGAAAAGGAGGAUGAAGGCGUAGCAAAAGUUGAAGCUGUGAUCGAAAACGGUGUUGAGAUGGAUGAGGAGAAAGACGAGGGCGAAGAGAAUGCGAUCAAACAAAAGACAGAAGAACCAGCAGGCAUGGAGGUCAUCGCCAAGGAAAUCGUGGCAGGUUCUCAGACCACACUGACCAAUCAAAGCCCAGAGGAGACUCAAGAGUAGCCCGUAGUCAAGGUUUUACCCCACCCUACCUCUCAAAUUCCCCAUCUUAAGAACUGGUUCACAGUGUUGUCCCUGAUCCAAAUUAACGGGGGCUCCGAUCAACAUCGCUGCCAUCUUCCAUAGACAAUUUCGCCCAAGCCUGCCACAGCGUAGCUACAGAAUGAUUUCAUGUAAAUGCAGACAUCAGUCCUACCGUAUAACCACACAUAUUGAAUGUAUAUAUCGAAAACAGGUGGUGCCAGUGCGUGAUAGUCAAAGUGGAGUCACUGGAAUAACUGGAUGAGGACCAACAGGGGGAUGAAGAUCUACAAUGAUGCCAUGACCAAACAGGAUGAGUUUUUGUUUUAAUUGAGAAGAAUGAGCAAAACUUUAAAGACCUGGUCACAUCAGCACUUAAAACUGUAAAAUCUUGCAGUGAAAUCAGUUCUAUCCAACAGAGCCAGCACGAUCAGUGCAUUAGUUCUUGGGGGCAAAGUAAUUCUGCAUUAAUUCUUUGCGUCAAAUUCAAAAUCAGUGGAGUUUGACACCCAAAUUUGUGCUGUUGACCAGUCAAGAGUCAAGAGUGGAGGAAGCUGUCAUAGCUUAGCUGUGUUUCAACAUCAACUUUCAUUUAACCUCUGUUGUCAGAGUAAAAACUGUUCCACAAAAAAGGAUUGGCUUGCUGAUAGUUAUGAGACAGGAGUCAAAGGUACAAAUUCUUAUUGUCUCAAUAGCGACCAAGCUAACUGUUAACAGGCUAGCUGGCAAUGAGAGCUUUUUUUUACCCCUUGAAUAAUUCUUUAUUGAAUGAAAUGGUGUACAAUCCUGAAAACAAAAUGCAAAAGGGGGGGGUAAAUGGCCCAAUACAGAAAAAAAUAGAAAAAAGCUUGGGGAGCUAUUAAGACUGAAUAAUGCUAUCAAGUUAGCAUGUAGCUCGCCAGACACAGCAGUAUACCAGCUAGCCCUGCGAAUAGUCCGCAUGUCACCAAGCCUCUAGGACCGUACAUUUUGCAAAGAUACAGGGAUAAAUUACACUGUGCUACUCUCUGGUGUGACCAGGCCUUUAAGGGGGGUGAGGAGCAUUAUAUCAUUCUUGUUGCAAUGUGACAUUGAGUUUGAUGUCAGCUUGAAACCUGUCUAGUUAGGGUUAUUUAGGUACCCUGACAGAAAAGCAGUGAUGUUCCUGAAAGGUCAUUAUUUGCUUCUGAAGUUACUACCCCCUUCAGCUUCUCUUGUCUUGUCCUACCCAGAUACAGCAUCUGUUACAAGAGGUACUUUCACCUGACAGUUAAACAGCUUGAGCAGCUCUUUUCAGUUUUUUGAAGUCGUGGAAAGACAAGUCAGUUCCACAAUCCACUCCUGACAAGACACAGGCCUGCCUCAUCCAGACGACUGACAGUAUAGAGGCAGGUAGGCUCAGAAAAGUGUCCUAUGUGAUCACAGACUGUAUCACCAUUUCCCGUUCCUUCGUUCUGUGCGUCAUAGUAGGUUGUGAUGUGGAAGGAACUUGGAGGAGAACGCUGGUAGAGGUUAUGGGAAAGGCAUUUGUUUGCGACAGGCAAUCCAAAGUAGGGGUGAAGAGAUAAUUGUUUACGCUGAGCUCUAAGCCGUCAAGUGCUUCAAAGAGAGCCAAUAAUCACUCUUUGGUGUGGUGUGCUAAGCUCACCUUGCAUACAGAAUGUUCUAUAUUCAAAGCCAAGUUAGAUAAGGAUGUGAAAUUCAGCUGAAUGUUUGCAGCUCAAGGGCAGAACUCCUAUUUAGAUUCACAUAGUUAGUUUUUACAUACAGGAGUGAGGAUUUAUUUCUACCCAAAGUUGCAUUUUUAAUUACAUUUCCAGUCAAAGGCCACAAACAAAAGCACUUCUCAGUGUGGAAACAAGGUUAAUCUGUGUGGUCAGGGCAGAAGAUUGUUGUUUAUUCAGACCAAAACUAAAGAUUGAGAGGGAGACAUUGAGAAAAAAUAAGAGGUUGAGAGAAAUAGAGAAAGACCACAGACCAUAAGAGAGUCAAAUUAAAGAAAUGAAUGGGCUCAUUUAAAGUAAUGUCUGUUUGCGUCCCACAUUCCCCGUUGAGAUUUCCUUCAUUAUUUUACCUCCGGCUCUUUAAGCACCUCUUCCCAGACAUCAUUUCUGACAAUAACCAAGUCAUAAUGUGCUAUUUCAUUGCAUCGUGUAGCUUUCCAUUUGAGAAAGGGGAACGCGAGGGAGGGAGGUGGCAAUGUUCGUAGUGUGGAGCUCUCAUUAGCUCACUAAUGGAUUUUGUCAGUGGGGUAUCUGUGAGGAAUCAUGCAUUUAUAAUGGGGGUCACUUAUUGGUGGAGCAAAACACCUCAACAUGUCAACAAAAUAGCCUUCGGGUUUAAUGGUGAUGUCAUAGGGAAUCAUUUGCACUGAGGAGGACGAUUUUGCGUUAAAAGUACUAAAUUUUGCAGAGAAAUUACACACACUUUGUCAUAAAAUAUGUUCAAAAAACCUAUUUAUUAAAUAGUAGCAUUCAGUUAAUCAAGAACUUAAACUACCUGCUGUCUUGCUUUAAAUAGACUAUAAUUUGUAAUAAUUUGGAUCUUUUGCUUUAUGCGAAUAGAUGAUACCUUGGUCAUGAAAAAUGUUCUCUCCUUUUGGAGAUGAAACUCUUCAGUUACACACAAGUAAGAUCGAUUAUGCCAAGUAAGUGCUCUCCUUUUGGGGGAUUAAUCCACCCGCCACUGAGAUUUUUUUUCGAUGUAAAAUGGCAAACGUUUUUAUGUAGAGUAGAAUAUAAAAACUGCGACCAGUUUAGCCUUAUUACUAUACUGUAAAUGGCCCACAACCUGCUAUUAGAAAUGUCUUUUAGAGGCACAAUGGUGAUUUAAGUGUUAUAUGUUUGUUAUAGUCAAACAGGAAAGUUUUGCUAAAGUCAGUGUUGGUAUUUUGAGGCUGUUGUUCCCUAUUUUAGUACUGGAAUUCACAGUGAGGGGAUAAAAGAUUUGAAGUUUUUGUCUAUAUGUAGGUAACAUGUGUUGGAUUUUUUUUAAGGUGUUUUGAACAUGUUCUUUUUUUAUUUUUUUUUUAUCGUUGUGAAUGUUCUGUUUUUGAGUCGAGAGAUUUUUAUUGUGGGCUUUGUGUUGCCUCUGCAGUUCCGCUAAAGCUUGCUAAAAUGUAUUUCUGACUGACGCUUCAAGCUACCUCCCGAGAGCUGCUGCUGGUUUUAAAACCGAGGGGGUCACAGCGUGUGUGACCCCCCCUGAAACAUAUGCUCCUUGUCCUCUCGGCCUCCACUAUGACGGAGCCCAGACCUGCGAGUGUGAGUUCAUCACUAAUGACAGACAAGCUCAAGGGUCAUAUUUGAGCCAGAAUGGAUUUCCCACAGCUGUGCACAGGGGUGCGCACGAGCACGUGACAAAUAACCACUCUGAUAUUGAAUUAAGAUAUGAAGUCAUAUCAUAAUAUUCUCUGUGGUAAUUUCUUUUCUUUUGUAGCUUUCGGCUGUUUGAGCUUUAAUAAGCACUUAUUGUAUUCAAGAAAUAUUUAACGCUGCUGGGGAGCAAAUAAGACUCAGCUGUCACUUUCACACUUUUGUUAGAUGUGACAAAUACGAAUUAUGAAAGGCAAUACCAUAAUACGCCUUUCGAUAGCUGACGAGAUCACUAUGAAUAUUUGAGAUAUUUCCUCGCUGAAUCCUGGUCAACUUAUUUGAUCAGAUUUAAUCAAUUUCUCCAUUCUCCCCAGUGCCAAGAUAAACAUUUUAACUCUCAUCUAUCCUCUUUUAUGAAUAUGAAUUUAUUUCAGUAUUACUGUCUUUCUGCUUUUUUUUGUUUUUUUAAUCUGAAACAUUUAUUCCCCCCCCGGGCAUCCUGUGAAAACAGACAGCUCAUACUUCACUUUGUGCAGAAGAGCAGAGUUUGGAAAAUCAGUUAAGUGACGAGGUGGUGUCAUGUGACGUGACUGUGUUUUUUCAACUCCCACUACAUUCCGGUUGGACAUCCACAAACAUGGACGAUUGUAACCUUGACAAAAGUUACAGCCGGCCCUGUAUCCGCCCGUCCUACCUGAGGCCGUGGCCUUCAGGGGUCUAACUCUCCCUGAUAAGGGCUGAUUGGUUGCAGUGCAGUCUAACCUCUGACAUGAGUACACUCCAGGGACUGUGGGUAAAUGUGAUUUUUUUUUUUUUUUUUCUUUCUUUUCGGUCUGGUAUUACAGAAAACAGACAGGGAGAGGAAAGCGAGGCAGGGUCUGACACUUCAUCAGUUAAAUGAUGCAGAACCAUGUUAACUUAUCCAUCUGUGAAAAGAAAGACAGCUUUGUCUAAUGUUAGACUUAAAUAUACAUUUGCAGCCCUCUACUCAUUUGUGUUAAAAAAAAAAAAAAAAA